CGGGGCGGCUCCCGGCCCCGCCAUAACCCAUGUCGUGACAUGUCGUGACGUAGCCGGGCGGCGUGACGUCAUGUCGAGCCGCGUGACGUCGCGCCGCGCUUUGUGACGCCGCUGCCGCGCCGUCUGACGUCACGCCGCGCGUGGUUCUCACUCCCCCCCCCCCCGGCACCGCAGGGGUUAACCGCCGGCCCCCACGCUGGCCAAUGGGAGGCGGCGGGGCGGUGACCAAUGAGGGGGCGUGCACAGCGCUGCAGGUAGCCAAUGGGAAGCGGCGGGGCGGUGACCAAUGAGGGGGCGUGCACAGCGCCGCAGGUAGCCAAUGAGAGCCGGCGGGGCGGUCCCUAACAGGGGGGCGGGCACAGCGCCGCAGGCAGCCAAUGAGAGCGAGCGGGGCGGCGCUUGCAGCCAAUGGGCGGAGCCGCAAGCCAAGGGGCGGAGCCGCUGCCCUGAGCUGACCCGCGGCUGCCAACCCCCCCCCCGGGAACGGCGCCGUCGGGUCCGUUCAACGCCAAAAUCCCCCGUUUUCCCCCCAAAACCACGCUCCCCCCCACCCCCCCGGCGCCGUUUCACCCCAACCGCGGCCGCUUUAACCGCGGGGGCUCCGCUGGGGGCCGCCCCGACGUGCUUUAGCACGUGUGAAAACGCGCGUUUCCCGUUCCAACGCGUUUUAACCCUAAAAACAGCGUCUGGCGCCGCCGCGGCGCCGGGGGACGGGAUCGGGGCGGGGGGGGGGGGGGUCCGGGGGGGGUGGGACGGGGGGAAGCGGCUCCGUCGCCGCGGCGGGGGCCGUUCCCGGCGGUUCCCGGCGGCUGCAGGCGACGCCCGGCGGCACGUGGCGGCGCUUCCCGGCGGGAUGGAGCCGGGACGGCGGGAAUUCGACAUGUGGCGGGAUUACCUGGGGCUGGCGGCCGUGGUGGCCGCGCUGCGGCGCGGGGCCGAGGCACCGGGAGCACCGGGAGCACCGAGCGGCGGCUGCACCUUCUGCAAGCACAACGGGGAAGCGAAGCAGGUCUACAGCGGGCACCGGCUGCGGGACGCGGCGGGCCGGGUGCUGUGCCCGGUGCUGCGGAGCUACGUGUGCCCGCAGUGCGGCGCCACCCAGGAGCGGGCGCACACCCGCCGCUUCUGCCCCCUCACCCGCCGCGGUUACGCCUCCGUUUACAGCCGGCCCGGCCGCGGGCCCCGCCGCAGCGACCACUGAGCGGCAGCACCGGCGCCGAGGACGGCGCUUCCCACGGCCGGCAGAGCCCCCUUCCUGACGGCGGGAGCCCGGCGUGGCUGGAACGGCGCUGGACGCCGGGGCUGGGCGGUGGGACCGGCCCCCGGGGGGGUGGGACCGGCCCCCGGUUGGGUUCGGUUGUGUUUUGGGGCGGUUUGUUACGUUCUGGCACACGGUUUAUUGUCCGUCCGAGCCCCGGCCCGGUAAUAAACGGGCUCCCCGGGGCUGCCCCGUUC